AGAAUAUUUACCAUUUUUUCUUCUUUCAGAUCUGUGUCAUAAGGGCGAAAAAACAUGUUGGUUCGCUGCAUAUCGUUUUUUUUCAUCGUAGCUGCAUUCAUUGGACAAAUUGCCACUGAAAUUUUACUGGAAGAUUACGAAACAGCUGUUUUUGAAGACGACCUUUCGCAGUACAGACAAUUUUACACAAAUGGCACAGUGGCUACCCCUGCUCUUAUAUCGGCUGGAGGAACUGCGAUUUUAUACCUAGUAUUUCUCAUACCCCUGGGGUUCCUUGUGUACGCUGGUAUACAGAAUGCUGGAGGAAGGAUUAAUGCGCCAAUCAUAGAAAGGGUGUCACAACUCUUUACAGGAAAUUCGUUACAAAACAAACUGGACGGAUAUAAAAGUCUUGAUACGAAUGGUUGGUUGGAGAAAAUACCUGAGUUAUUAGAGAGAGCUCAUCAAGUAUAUUCAGAAUUAGUUAAUUAAUUGUUUACAAAAAAUAUUGUAUUUUUGUAAUAUUUAUUUUACAUAAUAAAACUGUUAUGAUUGAAAAAUCAGCGAUUUGGGGAAUACACGAUCUAUCAAAUUAGCGUUCACG